ACGGGAAGCAGGUUUAAACUGAUUUAGCCCGGGUCGGGAGCUGUCGGCCGAUGUUGUGGCUGUGGGGAAAGGCCUGAGCUAGGUGGUGGUGGCGGCGGCGGCGGCGGCGGCCUUGGCCGUAUCCCAACUGCUCUGGUGGCAUUUUCAAGUCGAAUUGCAUUGUCGAAACGCUGAUCUUCUUCAUUCGUAGGCCUAGUGGACGGUGAGCUUUGUCUCCACCCUAAGCCCGAUUAAGAUGAGGGACUUCUGUUGAACUGGCCAAAGCGAAACCGAAGACAACACUCUUCUAUCCCUCUCUCGAUGGGAACUCUGAGGGUUCGAGGGUUCUGAGGGAUCGUAACUUCUCCCCGAGGUUUGACACAGAGCACUUGACACCUUUCAAGGCUGGAAUGGCGCACAUGGGUGUGUGUUUUCCCCAAACAGAUUCUCCUCCAGUAGUUCUGAGGACGGUACACAAGCAUACACCAUUUCGUCAGACCCCAGCUAGACGGAGGAUUUCGAGACCAGACUGCCCAGUAGAAAAUCCAGAGCAGAUUGCACUGUUAUUACAGAAACAAUGGCAUCUAUAUCAUCUGACACCCCUGUAUAGAUUCUCUUACACCAUGCUGAAGAAAUACUCAAAUGAGUUGUCUGUGUUCAUCGCUUCAGAGAAGAAAAAAGGAAUGGCAGUUGAAGUGGGAAUUGAGCUUGCAAGCAAAGCUAAAUUCUCCAUGCUUGCUGGUCUCCGAGCUACUGAAAGUGAUCCCGAGGCAGUCUUCAUACAGAUAACAUCAAAGACUCCAGUCCAACAAUCAUCUGAUGAGAAAGUGGUCUGGUCUGGGUGGCUAUGCUGUGUUGAUGGAGACCUGGGCUUCUUGGCAUCUCUCCCUGUGGAAUUCACCUGUUUGCCCUUGCUUUUUGCCAAUGGCCCUGAAACAGUAACAGCUAUUGUUGGGGAAUGGUUGCAGAAAACAUUUGACUGUUACAUCAGUGCGUUCCCCAUCAGUUCUGAGAACUUGACCUGGAUGGCUGCCAUGUGGGCCAAUUGUUUUUCUGACUGUAUCCAUCGUGUAAUGGAACUAGAAUGGUCUGUACCCCCUGUCCAAUUGACCAUUUCACUGAGUAUUCACCCAGAGGAUGCUAAGGCAUUGUGGGAAAGUAUCCAUGGAGAUGAGGAUGAAAUCACCAUAGAAGAAGUGGAUUUAUUCAUGAGCAGCCUUCAUUCACAUUUCUACAGGCAUUUUGGGGUGCGGCUUGCAGCUACACGCCUAGUAAAGGUAACAACAGGUGUAGCAUCUGCUCACUGUGAUGGAAAAUUAAAGCUGUUCAACAGCAAGCAUAUAGACCACGUGCUGCCAUUCCUAACUGAGCUGGCUUUUCAUCAGAUACAGUAUCAACCUCGUCUCUGCAGUACUAUGGAUUAAAUUUGACUGGAUCAUGAACUUGCUCCUCAGCCACAACAGAAGAUUGAUAUUUUUCUUCUGAAAAGAACCAGUUACUGGGCUACGUGACAUGACUGACAGGAAGGAGAAAACGGACGAACAUAUACAGAGCUACCAAAACAUUUGACUUGUGUGCUUUUUCCCCUCUAAGAAACCUGUCAUUUUUUAAAUUCUUGGGCAGAAUAAAAAAUGCACUCUUUUUACUAGUGGGACCAUCUCCUGUUUUGCAAUUUGUAUUGCACAGAACCUUAACCUGUUUUCACAUCUUAAUGCUUUCAGAAGUAGUAUCUGUUGAGCAAAUUUUAAAAACUAAUUUUUCAUUUGUAUGUUAUCAUGACUGGCAAAAGAUAUAAAAUUAUUACAAAUAUUUUAAUGUCAAUUUUAAGUUGCUCUAUGGGGGGAAACCCAGUUUCAAACACCAUGACUAUAAUGCCAUAACUUACUAUACAUCAAAUCUAAAGCUGUAAACAUUAAUAAAGUAUUAGUACCUUAAGUUGAUUUAUUCUCUCCACAGAAAGCAUAAUUAUAAUAAGCAACAACAAUUCUUUGAAAUCCCUGUAUCACUUUAAUAAGUAAUAGUAGCCUUCGUUGUGUAACCUUUGGAUUUAUCAUUUCUGACCCAUUCUUUCAAAUGGUCUGUGCUUAACAUUACUUCCCCACCUACAUAUUUACAUUCAAAGUAUUCAACACAACUGCUACAUAAAAAUGCUUCAGCUAUGCACU